CUGGCUCAGGAAACAGAGAUCAUACUCGAUGUCUUCACUGGUCACUAUUCGCUAUGGCCCUUACGAGUCGUGUGGAGUUGUGAAUUACAAGACUUUUCGCCUAGAAGGCCUGCAAGCGGUUCUGAGAGACUGCGGCUACGUGUGUGUUCUUGAGGAAGCACCUGACUGGAACCAGGUGGAGCUGCUGGUUCAUGGAGAAAGCGUGUAUCAGUGUGACAUCAACAAGCUGGAGUUCGGAGGUGAUGGGCAGCUUGAUCCACAUUGUCAAGAAGCUCUAGAAGCAGUAAGGAACGCAUACCAUCAACACCAAAUAUGAUACUAGAAUAUUAAUUUAAAAAACAAACAAAUAAU